CAACCGCUAGAUGUCUCUAGUGGAUGUUUCAUCCAUCCUUUGACAUUGGUCGUAGUGAGUGUAGUUUAGAAAUUUAUCUCGUCUAGUAGAAUGUUAUGUUUCUUCUUCGCAAAUUUGUUCAUUUUCUUGCGUUAUUUCCAAGUUCUAGUAAAUUUUAUCAAAUGUUUUAAAGCGUGUUUUGACUACGAUGCACGGUUCCUAUCUAUCACUACUCGCAAGAAUUUUUAAAACGACAGAGAAGUUUUUUUUCCGUCGUUCACGUUUGUUAACUGCUGCGUUUAUUACGGGUUUGUUGUUUCUAGGAUGGUUAUUUGUACAUUCGACUAACAACUGGUAUCAAUGGUAUCAUAUUAAACAAGAUGCCUUUCAAGAUCCUUCCUUCUUGACCAUAUACUGUAAUCCUGGCAGAUUAGGUAAUCAAAUGUCAACGUACGCAGCUUUACUGGGAUUAUCUAAACUAAAUAAUCGUACACCAUAUGCGCAACAUUGUAACAUGAUUCACCUCCGACCUUAUUUUUAUGUAAGUGCUGCAGAAAUUCAAGAAAUUCCAAAAAAUAAGAGGCGAGAUUAUCCACUAGCUCCGUAUUUUCGUCCUGAAGAUAGUCACAUCCCAACGGAUAAAAGUGUACUCAGUGGAUAUGGAUUUCCCAAUUCAUAUACGUUUUUUGAUCAUAUAAGAAAUAUAAUUCGCAGAGAAUUUCAAUUUAAGGAAUUUUUAGUGUCUUAUGUUCAAACAUUUCUUUUAACUUUGAGAGAGCAGAAACCGAAAGCAUUAUUUGUUGGUGUUCAUGUGAGGAGGACGGAUUAUUGCAAGUGGUUAAAAAAAUACAGCGGACGAAAAGUAAAUUUACUCUAUUUUAACGAAGCUUUCAAGUAUUUUCGUAAUAAAUAUAGUAAUGUGAUCUUUAUAGUAGUUAGCGAUGAUCGAAGAUGGUGUCGUAAAUAUCUAACUAAGUGGUCUGAUGUAGUGGUCGCACCAACUCCUCCCGAAGCAGCUUAUGAUUUGGCUCUUCUAUCUCAGUGCAAUCAUACAAUUAUAACUUAUGGCACAUUUGGCUUUUGGGGAGCUUAUUUGGCGGGUGGCGAUACUGUUUAUUUCGCAGAAUAUUUAAUGCCAAAUUCAACGUUCUUAACGGAUCACUUGCCUUAUAAUAAAACUUAUCUGCCUGAAUGGAUCGGUAUUACUGCUAAGAAUAACAAAGUUUCAAAUAGGUUUGAAGAAAAGGAUAAACUGUGUGAUUUGCCUUGGUAUCAAAUAUUUUGGGAUUGGUUAUGGUAUAGUUGAAAUCAAAGUAUUAAAUUGAGACGUUAGAAGAUGGAAUUUAAAUACUUCAAAGAGUGUUAAUUAAAACAAGUGAUAAAUUAAUUGCAAAAUAUAUUUUUUAAUACGUAAAGAUAUUUUAUUAACUUUUUGCAUUCAUGUGAGAAUGAAAUCGAGGAAUAUGCCGAUAAUAAACUGCGCGCUAAUAAUUUAUCAAAUGCCCGACUUGGGAAAAACAUUUUUUCAUAGUUAAAUCCAAAAUUAAUUAAGCAUUUUAAAUUUAAAUACACUUAAAGUUGUAAUGCUUUCAUUUAAAAUAUGCUUCAACUAAAUGAUUGCAUCUCGUAUUCGUAGUUUAUUUCCUUAUCCUAUUCAAAUAAACAACCUUGCUUUUUAUAAUGAUGUAUCCGUCCAUUACUUUAAGAUCACCUUUAAAAUUUGGUAGCAAACGAUAAUAUGAAACGUUUAACAAGCAACCAUCAUUUAUAACUAAAAAAAAUUUAUUUUCAAUGCGCAGAAAUACUAAUUUUCAUGCGAAAAAAUCGAAUUAAUAAAAUUAUAAAAUUUUCGAUAUAUACAGUAAUUUAUAUAAUAAUCUUAUAUUUGAAUAGUUAAAAAAUAUUUUUAAUUGUUAGAAUGAAAAUGAACUCAAAUAUUUAUGGAUAAAAAAUCAUGAAUUUAUUGAAGUUUGAAUUUAAAUAUUUUAUGAAAAAUUAAAUUUAUUGUAAAUGUUAUGAGAUUGAAAUAUUUAUUAGAUUAAGAGACUAAAUAUAUGUGCAAUAUUUGUUAGAAGUAUUGCAGAAGCCAGUGUAAGUUGUAUUUUCCAAGAUAUAUUCUAUACAGUUUUCGCAUUAAGCUAUUGUAUGUGCAAUGUUUUUAAUAAAUAUUUUACUGUGUUGUUCUAUAA